AUGAGUGAAGACGAUUCUAUGACUCCCGAGGAAGCAUUGGGAUUGAAACUUUGGUUCGAUAAGCCCUUUCUUCGAAUAUAAAUAGUUAUUUUUCAAGGGAACAUGUUAGAGGCCAGAAAAAGCUUGUGUGGGACGAGUUCAAACAGGCUACGACUGCUCCGAACGUCGUUGACUGUAUCCAGAGGCUCACCACCGUUCUCAACGACGUUUAUCAAGGGGUUCAAGAGGUUCUGACGACAUUUCCCCUUAUAAAUUUUUAAAGUAAAUAACUUUUCAAGGUUAUCAAAAGCGCGGGACCUUUGAAAUCAUUGCCUUUCAAUGAACGGGACUUGAUCUCCGACGCCAUUUUCCCUUUUCGGGAACGACAAGCCGUCGCUUUUCUGAUCCGACCACUGUUGCUGGCUCAUUUCGCUACAUGGCGAAGUUCGAAUUUUCUCACUUAAUUAAUCAAAAAUUGAACUUUCCCAGGUGUUUAUUGUAACGUGGCGGUAGAAGGUCGGGUGCAUCCCUGGGAUCCGAAUGAAGUCGCCCGUCAAAAAAUUCCCAGGGAAAAAUACACGACGGCCUUUAAGGAGUUACUCAGGUGCAUGUGAGUGAAUUGGGAUUUAUUUUAUGGAAAAGGGAAUUUCUGGAAUCCUUGGUUGCAAAUUUUCGCUUAUUAUUUUUUACAAGAAUGAGAUCGCAUUUUCAUAUUUCUUAACAUAAGCUUUUGAUGGAAACAAAAUUUUUAGUAGAAAAAGUUUCGAUUCAAUUUCAAAAAAGGGGCUCUUUCUGUUGCCUCAAAAUGAGAUAUCAAUCAAAAUUUUCAAUAAUUAUUUUUUUGAAUUUUGUAUUUUUCGCGCUGAAAAACCCGUUUUUUUCCCGGUUUACGGUUUCAAAAAUUUUUAUUAAAGUUCUCUUAACUCCUCACUUAGUUAAUAAAAAAAUGAUAUUUGAAAAUAAAAAGCUCUUGCGAUUUUCAAACUAAAAUGACUUCCUUGUUUAGAACUUUUCAAAUUUAAUACUUUCAGGCGCGACAAGUGGAAUUUCGAGAAGAUUCUGGAAUGGAACAUGGCGGCGCAGAUCUGUCAAUUGGCUUCGUCGUACAUUCACCGGGAGAUUUAUCUGUCCGUCCAUAUUGAGAGCAAAUGGUUGAAAAAGGUAUCCUAAUUGGUUUUUUUAGCGAGAAAAAUAGAGAAAAAAAGGGUAUUUAUAUGUGAAAAAUCGUUUUUUUGAAAAAGGGAGUUAAUUUAACACUUUUGUUGGUAAUUUUCUUAAAAAUAGCCGAAGCUUUCUUUGAUGUACCAGGAAAAGAUCCUGUAGUCUCAACCUACAAAAAAUUUUAGUUUUUGAGAAAUAAGGGCUUGAAAAUAGCAUUUGAACGGAUUUUGAGGUGUCUUUUUUCAAUAAUGAGAAAGUUUUGUAGGUUUUAACUUUCAUAAAUUUUCUCUGAGACAUUUGAGAGUGUUCUUGUCUUUUUAAGGAAAAAAAUCACCUUCUGGUAAGGAGUUUUCUGUAUUAAAUGUGCUUUUGAAGGCGUCGACUAGAUUUUUUAAACGAAUUAGCAGUUACAAGAGCUCAAUAAAGGAAUAUCAAGACUCAAGUCCCGUUUCCAGAUGAUUUCGGUGAUGCGAAGAUGGGCGGCGAGCAUUUCCAUGCAAAACGCCUACGAAGCCGCUGUCGUUCAUAUUUACCGCGAUAUGAUUGAUUUCCUUAUCGGGAAGGUUUCUAUCCCAUUUUUCCAUGUUCUUCUCAAGCUUCCGAUUCAGAUCUACGAUUUGGUUUUCGUGGAAUUCCCACGCAGCCAUAAGAGCAUUGCGACGCUUCGUUAUUGCAUGCAACAGGCCGAUGAUUACGGCCGCGCCAGGCUUUCCGACACUCUUGUUGAACACGUCGAGAAGAAACUGUUGUUAACAGGUGCAGGAGUUUUUUUGAAAAGGAAUUAUAGCUAGAAAGUUUGAAUAACAUAGGUUAUAGAAAUCAGUAUUCUCUUUCAAAGCUUGGAAUUGUGUCCGAAAAUGUUUAAUAAAUGUAGAUCUCAUAAAACUCGUAGAAAACUUUAUUUUUCUUAUCACUUUUGGCUUUCAGAAAGUUUUUAAAGUUUUCUAAGAUUUUUUCAUCCUUAGGGUUUUUUUCUGGUUUUUUUAGAAGACUAGAACAAGAUUUUUCUGAAAAAAAAAGUUGCCAUAGAAAAGCUUAAAUUUUUUUCCUAGAAAAAGAGUCGCUUGAUCAAAGGAAAUAAGUUUCUUUCAUUUUUCUUCAAAUAAGAUGAAAUAGCCCUCUGAUUUAUAAAGAAUAAAGAUUUUCUGAAUUCGGUUUAUGAUUUGAAAAGAAAAUUUGAUAGAAAUGAAUUUUAAGUUACCUCAAUAAAAAAAGAGUUUAAUUCUUCCCUCCAACCAUUAAAAAAAUUAACUUCAGAAAGAUAUAUUAAAAUUUGCAGAUUAUCCCGGUAUCGAAAAAAAUCUGUCUCUCUCAUGCUUUAGAAAUUCGAAAGAGUACCUUCACCGUAGCUUAAAAAAAUUUCAACUUUUUUGAAAACAGUAAUGUAUUUUAUUUUUCAAGCUGUCGGGACGAAAAAGAUUCUGAACGGCUACGCUUCUUGCGUCGAAUCUUUGAGGGAACUCGACACGACGUGCGUUGUGAUGCAUCGCGUCUGCAAUGUUAUCAAGGAAUAUCUCAAGUUGGAUCUCUUUUCCGAAGCAGUUUUUUUCUGAUUUCAGAUCAAGAAGCGACACCAUUCAACAGAUAAUCAGCUACAUCACCUCGGAUAAGAAGGAAGAACUCGAGAAGAACAUGGUUUUCAGAGGAAAAAGUUCUGAAAAUAGUUUUUUUUUAAGACGAAAAGAAGCGCGAUGAUGGAAGAGGACGAAUUGAAGGAUGUGAAUAACGAAUUUCUACCGGAAAAUAUGGACACUUCGCUGUGGAAUCGGUGGCAACCUGAUCCGAUCGACGUCCAGCCAGGUUUCUACUGAAAAAAUUUUUACUAGAUCUCAUUGAGUAUUCUUUUCUUGAUAACCUUGAAAAAUUGCUUCAAACAUGUGUUUUGCGAUCUUGGGAGAGUUCUUUUUUUUUAGGAAAUUUGAUUGAUUGAUACUUUGAUGAAAACUCAUAGCAUAUUUUUUUAGCUUUCUAUCGAAAAAAAAUCGAUAUUUAAAAAAUAAAUAUAUUGAUUAUCAAUGUAUGGGUUAUAGGGUGUUUUCCAGGCCUUUAGAUGAACUCAAAAAUGUUCAUAUUUGUAAAAUACCUAUGAAAAUUGUUUACAGUAAUUUACCUUUUUGUAUUUUUUUGUCAUUUUCUAGAGUUUUUUUGAAUUUAAUGAUUUUUCCGUUCAAUAGGAGAGUUGAUUUUAUUUGAGUUUUGAGUUAAGAAUCUUCUAAAAACCGCUAAAAACUUUAUUGAAUUUUUUCUGACCUUUUUAUACUCUCUAUCCGAGAAAAAUCAAAAUUAGAAGUUGAAAAAUCAGGUCUUCAGGAAUAAAAUUCUGCACCUCUACCUUCAAAUAUUAAAUAAGGUUCUAUGAUAGGAUCCUAUCUUCAAAAUAAGAUCUCUUUUUCAGCUUGAUUAAUUCAUGAACUUUUCAGGAGACAGUGGCCAAGUGCGACAGGGCGCCGAUGUCUUCAACAUGCUCGUUUCCGUUUAUGGAAGCAAAGAAUUGUUCGUGAAAGAGUACAGAACACUUUUGGCCGACCGACUGUCCAAUUCCAACUCCAAAGAUGUUGGAUUUCUUCAUUUCAACCUUUUUCUAUGCAUUUCUUUUCAGCCUCGAUUCGAGAAAAGAUACCUGGAUUUGCUCAAGUUACGGUUUCAAUACAGCGAGCUGCAGAACUGUGAAGUUAUGCUCAAAGACGUGGAACAGAGCCAAAAAAUUGACUGGGCCGUUUCGGUUAAAAAUUGUGAGUUCUUGAGAAUAACUGAAUGGGCUUGAAAUAGGCAAAUUCGAACACUUAGUUCGAACAUUUUGGAACAAGAUAUUCCAGAAACGGCCUAAUUUGCAUUUAAAUUAUUUUUUUUUAAGUUAUGCAAAUUUAAUUUUUUUUUAUUGGCAAACUGUUGAGCAAUUUAUGAUAAACCAAAUAGCAGAAUAAGUUUUUGAUUGUGAAACAAUUGGGUUAUUGUAACAGUAAAGUGAUUUUUUUUUUCCAGUCGGCGCCUAUCUACGGUUGUAUCAUUUCUUCUCAUUAUUGGCCGAAGUUUGAUUCCGAUAAACAGCCUACUGUAAGUUUAUAUUUUUCUAUUAUCCAAAUGAAGGUAUAAUUAUGAAUAAAAUGUCUUUUUUUGUUUUAAAAGGGUCCCUUAUUCAGAUUUUUGCUGUUUUUCCGUUUACAGAGACCUUCAGAUAGCAAUUUUUAUUUUUUCAGCCUUUACCUGAGCCUUUGGAAAAAGCGAUGAAUGUUUAUUCGGAGACUUAUUCUCAAGUCAGAGGGUCCAGAAGUCUCCGGUGGCUUAGAGGAGUCGGGUAUUUUAUACUUUCCACGAAAGAUUUGGAAAAAAUGAUGAUUUCCAGUUGCGUUGAUGUUUCUAUAGAACUCGAUGGCGUGAAAGUCGAAAAAACUGUGCCGAAUAUGUACGCCACCGUUUUGUACCUGUUUCUCGAGAAAGGUACUGUGGAAAAUAAAUGCGCGAAAACAAUUCCUUUAACAUUGAAAACGACAUUUUCACCAAUCUGAACCCUCAGUUGGAUAGAUUAUGAUUGAACGGAACCGAUUCUUCCUCUUGACUCUGAAAAACCCUUGAUUUUCAAGAAGUUUGGACGGCGACUGAGAUCUCUGACAAAUUGGGCGUCACAAGUUUCGUCGCGAAACGUCGCCUGGAGUGGUGGGUCAAACAAGGACUUCUUGUUCAGGUAAUUGAUGCAUUUUUGAUCGAUAUAUUGGAAAAAUAGGCUGAAAGAAUAGUUUUAUAAUAAACCGCUUCAAUCAAAAAAUUUUCUUAACAAAAAACUUCGAAAAACUGUAAGACAAUUUUGCUUACAAUAAUUCUGAUUUGAUGCGUCUAGAAAAGCAGUUUUUUCCAGCCAAAGACUCGGGUCCAGACGCUGUGGAAACCAUUUUGGCAAAUGUCCGAAAUUAAUUUGUUUUCAAAAAUUUUUCUUUUCAAAUGGGCGGAGCCAACCAACCACGUUUUCCUGCGGAUUGGCUUAAGCUUUUGAACGAGAAAAAUUGUUUCACCAAGCGCCCGGAAUCUUCGAAUUCGGAAUAGAAUUUUUUUCUAAUUUGUAGACCGUUGCCGCUGGGGCGACAAGUGAAGAAUGGUCUCUGACACGAAAUGCGCCGCUGAUGAACAAUAAUCGAGCAAAAUCGCCAGAGUCUUUUGAUGAGGUCUUAAAAACUUCAAUUAUUUUUUUUUUCAUCGAACUUUUCAGGACGAGGUCGCAAUGGAAGACGCCAACGGAAUCGUCGAAUCCCUCGAGCAGUACUGGAGUUACACCCAGAAAUAUAUUGUGAGCUUAUUACGUUUUUUUAAAUAUCAUAGAAGAAUUUUUUUGAAAGAGUUUGAAAUAAUUGAAUUUUUGAAUAAAGAUGACGUCUUCUCAACAACAUUCAAAGUUCAUUAUGCAUAAUAAUAGUUUCAGAAACAGUAAUAAGAAAAAAAUCACUAACUUUUUCAUUUCUGGAUUGAAAAAAAUAUUUAUCGUCUGAUUCUCUGUAAUUGACUCGCUAUUUCUCUCACUCUGUCAAAAAUUUGCUCCCUCGAUUUUUCGAAAUUUUUGGCUGAGGAUGGACUUGAACCAAGUAAAAAAAGAUAUUACUGUUAAAUUUAUCCAGAAAUGCUCUUUUUUGAUGGAUUUCAAUGGAUUUAAUUUAUUUGGAGUUGUAAAAGACCUGUUUCAUCUUCUGUGGUACUUCAUUGAGGGCGCGUUUGUCAGAAUAAAACAAAAUUGCUCUGAAACGUUACAAAAUGGCUGCUAUUAGCGCUAUUUCAGAGAAAAUUUGGUGUGCCGAAAAUUUUUUUUUCUCAGUUGAUAACACCGUAAAAAUUAAGAUUUAAAAAAAGCAUCAUAGAUUUUUCCCUUUUUUUACAUAAUAAAUCUUAUUUUCCAGGCGAACCACGCCCAAAACGGAGAGGUGAAGGCUGAACAAAUGCACCGUAUCUACCGUAUGUUCGGCUCUCCUACAGCUCACGGCCCGACUCUCGACCACGUGACGACGUUCCUCCAAAGGAAGGUCCAACUCGGCCUUCUCUCCUACACAAACGGCGCCUAUCGUGUCCCCGAAAAAUGUGUUUAG